AUGAAGAAGCCGCGUGGAUCGGAUCGCGCUGAAGGUCAAGUUUUUCUCUUCGUCAACAAGAAUCCCAAGUCCAAGUCUCUAUCCAAAAGCGAUGGCGCCGUCGCCAAACAGAUCAAUCGCCACGCUCAGAAUUUCCGGAGUCGCAAGGUCGAGGCGCAAAAAAUUACUUCUGCUCGCUCCAACUGUUCGUCGGCCCGUCGCAUCGCUCUAGAUGGUUGGCACCGGAAAGAGACCGGCCAAAGUUCUAGUAGUGAUGAAUCCUCCCCGGUGUCAUCGCCCAACGAGGAAUUGGGGGCGGCAUCACCUCCGCAGGAUUCUACGCCAGUUCGUCAGAUCUUUUCACCGUUGAUCGACACGCCAUCUGUCGAACUGCCUCCGAUUCCUCAGACGUUGCCGCGCAAGCCACUGUCGGUUCAGGUCCUCGCCGGCGGCAGCGAUCUGGAUGUUGAUGACGAAGGACACCACUUUGAGGACGAAGGAGCGUUGGAGUUGUCAUCACCGGUCUACAGGGCGAACUUUACCUCCUAUGACUGCAUCGAUCCUUUUAGGAGUACUCCAGUCCGACUCACACCUCGAAUCCAUGUCGUCCUGCAGUAUACCCUGCAAAUCUACUCUUAUGCUGGCAACAACUACAAGCUGGCGUUUUUACCCAAGCAUGUCAGGUCGACCAUCAGCCAAUUUCCGAUCGGAGCGGUCGUCCAGCGUAGUGUUUACAAGGAGCAUCACCUUUACUCGUUGAUGGCUGCCAUGCUCGCGCGAAUGAAGCACGUCUUUGACAUGUCACCCACAGCCGAUGACCCUCAGGCGGUUCGAGCGACGGCCGCGCAUUAUCUCCGCAAGGAACUGCUCCGUUGCUCGCGAUCAGGCGAUGUCGACAAGCAAACCAUUUUGGACAUUCUCUUCCUUUGCGUCAACGAGAUGCAGUAUGGUCUGUACGACGAUGUCCGGAAACACCUCCAAAUUGUCGGUAAGCUGUUACACUUGCUGGACCCGAGCCAGCUUCUUGACCGGUGGAUUUCGGAGACGGCCGCUCACGUGGACAAUCAACUUUGUCUAUCCACGGCCAAACGUCCCGUUUUACCGCACACGUUCGACCCAGGGCCCAUGCUCCCUGAGCGGAUGGCGAUCCUUCGAAGAGAGGCCCAGAACCUCAAGUAUUACGGCUACCCCAACCCGACUUCGCUGAUGGUCACCCGGCCUCCAAAUGGUUCCAUGGGCAUCACCGACGCCAUCUCCGACCUCGCGUCCACCAUGGAUGUCCGGAUGGGUUCUCAAUUUGUCCACGCGUUGAAAAUGGGUGCUUUCCCAUGGGGUCUUGGUCGCAUCAUCUCGGACUUAGUGGACUGCAUCGAGAUAGCCAAGGUGGUGUGGCUGUCUCCCCUGGCCGUGUGUUUCGAUGCCGAAUGGUUGUGCCGCAAGGCCAGAGCGGUGCUUCGCGCGCUUCUCGCCAUUGCCCCCGACAACAACAUCGGAGCCAUGGACCUGAUGUGCAAGUGCACCGAGUGUGUCAGGAUAUGUCUGUUGAUCCUCAUGACUCACGCAUGUACCCUGAUCGGCUUCCAGACCGCCAAGUCCAACGUGCGGCGGCUGCAAGGAGCCAUGGAGUACGCCCUCAAAUUUUGGUGCCCUGCCAUCGGCUGGACAGAAGAUUGUAUUCCGCUGGAUCCUCACGCUCAACUCGAUCCUUUUGUUGAGAUGCAGGCCAGAUUUGUCCUGUGGGGUUUGCUGACUGGUUGCUGGUCGGCAGAGGGUGAGCCCGAGGAGGAAUUCUUCGCGCACCGAGCGAUCAAUAUUUGCCGCCUAUUCGACUUUGCCACUUACGAAGACUUGCACAGCCACAUGGCAGGAUUUCUUUACUCGAAGAGUCUGCAGGAACGCAGUCUGAGGAAAGUGAUUGCUCGGCUGCAGAAAACCCCCAUGAAGCGAUCUCCGAUUUGA